GAAAGGAUGGCACCGGAGGUCCUGUGAGAUCGCUGCCGUUUCCUGUGCGUUAUUACACUGGUUCAGUCUGCGCAGAAGUUUGAACUUCCCUCGCUACACGACUUGCUUGACACUGACAUAUCUCGGGGAUUUGGUUCAGUCGAUUUGAGGCAUCAGCGCGCGCCGGUGCGGUACCUGGGUACCGGUCCGUGGUGCUGAAAGAAUCAUGCUGUUUCGGUUCGGGCUCGCGCAUCUCGGUUUGUGGAACUGCGCCUGACUUUAUUCAUAAUCGGCACCUGUAUUACCGGAUCAGAACAAUUUAGGAGAAAAUCGUUAACCUUGUUUUAAUUUAAUUGGGAUUUUGGAAACUAAUUUUUUUAUAUAUAAAAGAAAGAUUUCUCAAGAAGAGGAUAAAUCCAUUCAGCUCAUUUCCUCCAUUAAAAGUCGAUCCAGACGCAGGACACUUUGUUCAUCACCUGAUGCACAAAUGCUCGUGUGAAAGCUCUGCUCUGUUUCUCUCUCUCCUCGCUGUGUUUACUGUACAAUGGAAGUGCCAACAAACGGCUCAAGUUUUGGGAUCGACUCUUUGCUCUCACACAGACCCACAAGUCCGCGCGUCUCCACAGCACGCGCCUUAACGGGAGACUGUCGCUCUCCGGCCUCAAGCCCGCGUUCGGAAAUGGACAGUGACUGCUCGUCUCCACCGUCCCCGAGGCGAGAGUCUGACCCUGGGUCUCCGUUAGUGAUGUCUCAACCGAGGACAGUGACCUCUUCUUUUUUAAUCCGGGACAUUCUGGCGGACUGCAGGCCGCUCGCCGCGUGCGCGCCGUACAGCAACAGCGGAGACUCAGCGCGCGAGACCGAGGACUACACUGACAGACUGCACAGCAACUCAUCAUCGGAUAGCGAAUACCGGGCCAAAGAUGAGCCAGAAAGAGAAAUCUCCAGCAGCAGAGAGAGUCCAUCCUCAAGGCUGAAGAAACCCCGCAAAGCACGCACGGCCUUCACUGACCACCAGCUCGCGCAGCUCGAGCGCAGCUUUGAGCGCCAGAAAUACCUGAGUGUGCAGGACCGCAUGGAGCUCGCGGCCUCUCUCAACCUCACCGACACACAGGUCAAGACCUGGUACCAGAACCGCAGGACAAAAUGGAAGCGACAGACGGCAGUUGGUUUGGAGCUCCUCGCCGAAGCAGGAAACUACUCUGCUCUUCAGAGAAUGUUCCCGUCGCCAUAUUUUUACCCACAGAGCCUAGUGUCCAGUUUGGACCCAGGAGCAGGACUGUAUUUAUACAGAGGACCCACUGCGGCACCUCCAGCUCUCCAGAGGCCGCUCGUACCCAGGGUUCUGCUGCAGGGUGGAGCCGAGCCCCAGCUGUCCCCGCAUCUGUCCACGCACAUGUCCCCGCUCUCUGCCGCGCUACCUAGACCCACACCGCAGCGGUGAACGGCUCAGGAUCCUCAGGAAGGACAAAAGUGAGCCGCGGGUUACAGCUGAGCAACAGCAGGACGCGUAAUGGUGGACGUGCACAAGAACGUUUUCUGAAAUGAAUCCACUGGGCAAAGUUGUUUUGCAAAAAGUUUGUAUAAACUUCUAUCAGAGGUGAAAUGAAGUCUUUUUCACUGGCUGCUGAAGCCGCGCGCCGAUUCUGAACAGAAAUGCGGCUAUAAAGGCAGAACUGAAGGUCCGACAAACCAAAUAUUUCAGAUUUCAGCUGUCUGAUUACCAGAAACUGUCAGCCAAAUAAUUCAAAAAUAACAAAAAGCAAGCUAUAGUAAUAGGAAUGUGUACAUAAUAAUAAUAAUAAUAAUAAUAAUAAUAAUAAUAAUAAUAAUAAUAAUAGGACAAUCCAUUACAUUAAUAAAUUUAUACAUUUUUAUGAAUUAAAUUAUACAUAUUACUCCCCCCAUACUAAUGAAUUUGCGACAUUCUGCCACAUACAUUCCUUAUUAUUAUUAUUAUUAUUAUUAUUAUUAUUAUUAUUAUCUCUUUUAAAUUAUUUUUGUUCGGGGGCUACCUGCUAUAAAGAUGCCUCUGAUGGCAUAAUAAUUUGAAAAUUGUUUGUCACUGUGUCGUGGAUAUAUCAGUAGUUUAUAAACAGUUUUGUUGAUGACGCCAAAAGUUUUUUUUUCUAAUAAAAAAUAUAAAUAAAAUUAUAUGGUAAAUGAUACUCGGGAUACUUCGAGUUAUUAUUUGUGAAUAUCAUGUUUACGUGUGUGU